UACUCUGAGGGGUGUGUAAACAGAGGGCGGGGCUACAAACUUGUACAAGCCAGAGACAAGUGACACAGGGAGGCGUGUGUUUCGUGUGUGUGUUCAUUUAUUUAUUUAUUUAUUUUCUUUUCAUUUUUUUUCACUUUAGCAUCAACACACACCUCGGUGAGUAAUGUCCUACCGGAAACGUAUCCUCCUGGCGGGGCUUAACGGCCGUUUCAGAAGACUGCCGGUGUCGUGCUCGAGCCGGGCGGAAACCGUGCUCCAUCACAAAGCGCUCGUGCAUUUCCGCGGCGAGGAGCACGCGCGGGCCGGCAGUGAGAUCCGGGUUGACUUUGAGCAGACUAAAGAGGCCUACAAGAGCAAAGGCAGUGCGGAGCUGCUCAGAGGUCUGCUCGUCUUUAAACUCUGCUCCUAUGACUUCCUGGUGGAUAAAAAUAAGGAGAUAAUGGACCUGUGUAAGAAGCUGAUGGGUCAGGCACUGUUUGAGAAGCUGAUGAAAAUGACAUUCUACGGUCAGUUUGUGGCUGGAGAGGAUCACCAGUCCAUCAAACCGCUGAUUCAGAAGAACAGGGCCUUCGGAGUGGGAGCCGUGCUGGACUACAGCGUGGAGGAAGACCUCACGAAGGAAGAGGCUGAGACAAAAGAAAUGGAAUCAUGCGUGUCAGUGUCGGAAAAAGAAAACCCUGGCGAGGAUCAUCGGGAGAGGAAGUUCACAGCCCAUCGGAAGUUCGGUGAUCGCAGGGACGGCGUAACGAGUGCUCGCACGUAUUUCUACGCCGAUGAAGUCAAGUGUGACCAGCACAUGGAAACUUUUCUUAAGUGCAUCAAGGCGUCAGGUGGAAGUUCCGAGGACGGUUUCUCCGCCAUUAAGAUGACCGCACUGGGACGCCCACAGUUCCUGCUGCAAUUUUCCGAGGUGCUGGUGAAGUGGAAACAUUUCUUCAGUUUCCUAGCGGCGCAGCAGGGGAACGGCGGCCGCGAGGUCCUGGAGCGGAAACUGGACCUCGAGCAGCUGCAGACUUUUCUGACAAAGUUGGGAGCCAAAGGCGACAUUCAUGGCUGGUUCACGAACGAGAAGCUGUGCUCAUCAGGCACCAUCGACAUGCUGGACUGGAACAGUCUGAUCGACGAGAGGACCAAGAUAUCCGAUCUUCUCAUGGUGCCCAACCUCGAGACAGGCCACCUGGAGCAUCUGCUGAAGAAAUUCACUGAGGAAGAGGAGAAGCAGAUGAAGAGGAUGCUUCAGAGACUCGAUGUUCUUGCUAAACAUGCGGUGGAGAACAGCGUGAGGCUGAUGGUGGAUGCAGAACAGACGUAUUUCCAACCCGCCAUCUCCCGCCUGACUUUGGAGAUGCAGCGCUUAUUUAACCGAGAAAAACCGGUCAUCUUCAACACCUACCAGUGCUACCUGAAGGAAGCCUAUGAGAACGUAUGUGUAGACAUCGAGCUGUCGAGGAGAGAAGGCUGGUGUUUCGGAGCUAAGCUGGUACGGGGGGCGUACAUGCACCAAGAGAGGAGUCGAGCUCAGGAGGUCGGCUACGAAGAUCCCAUCAACCCGGACUACGAAUCCACGAGCCGGAUGUACCACAGGUGUUUGGACUACGUGCUGGAGGAGAUCGACAGGAACGGGAAGGCUAGCGUCAUGGUGGCGUCACACAAUAUAGACACUGUGAAACACACGAUCCAGAGGAUGAAUGAAAUGGGACUCGUACCAGCUGACAGGAAGGUGUAUUUCGGUCAGCUGCUCGGCAUGUGUGACCAGAUCAGCUUUCCGUUAGGUCAGGCAGGCUUCCCGGUGUACAAGUACGUACCGUACGGCCCGGUGAACGAGGUGAUCCCGUACCUGUCUCGGCGUGCUCAGGAGAACCGAGGCAUGAUGAAGGGAGCAAAGAUGGAGCGAGAUCUACUGUGGAAAGAGCUUAUACGCAGACUCACCAGCGGAGAACUGUUCCACACACCCUCUCUGUAAAAGACACACACUCUUGCUGUGCUCUACUGAGGAGACGUCCUCUAUCUUUGCCUUUGUAAGUCAGAUACCUACAGAGCCACUGAAUAAACUCCAGCAUCUCCGGGGAUUUAGGCACAUCUGUUUUUAUUCACCUCCUCUCUAUCCUGCCUCAUUUUCUCCAUUUCACAGAGAGGAGGAUCAUAAAUUCAGUCUACGAAAAAUAUAUAACAAUAUACACAAACAACAAUAAUGUAUACGGAAUUUUUUUCGUUUUCCUAAUUGUUUUAUGAUUAAAAAUUCCAGAGCGCAGUUCAGAUUUAAUUCAGCGAUUCACUUCCUGGUUUAGUUCUUGUUCUUCUUUUGAUAUUAAUCCCUCUGUCAUGUUGUCGUCGAUGGUGUCAGACUAAAUUUAGCGAUAUACCGGUACUCUACGUGGCACUGUGAAAUAAAUAAUAGUUCUAGGGAUGUGCCGUGGUAGGAAAAUAAUCAACAAUGGAGUGGCGUGGUUACAUUUGAAUUAUUUCGAAAAUAAUGGCGUGCAGUCCUGUGCAAAAGUUUCAGGCACUUAAAAUGGGUAUGCUUUCAAAAAUAGAAACACAAGCAGUUUAUAUUAAUCAAUUGACAAGGUAGAAAGUGUGUAAACAGAAGAAAAAUCUCGAUAUUUGCCGUGACCACUCUUGGUCUUUAAAAGUAGAUCAGUUCUCCUAGGUACGCUUGCGCACACAGUCAUGGAUUUGUAGGCUGUUAGUCCAGUGUAUGAUUAAACAGUUAUACCAAACAGGUGCUAAGGAUCAAUAAUAGAAUUUGUAGAUUGAAACACAAUCAUUACCUGAGACAGAAACAGCUGUGUAGGUGGAAUAAAACUGGGUGAGGAACAGCCAUGAUCUACUAACAUGGUGAGGUUGCUGAAGAUCUAAAAUAAUAAUAAUAAUAAUAAUAAUAAUAAUAAUAAUAAUAAAACUAUGGCAAGACUGAGCACAGCAACAAGACCCAAGGUGGCCUUACUUCAUCAGCAAGAUCUCUCGCAGGCAGAAAUUUCAAGGCAGGCAGGUGUUUCCAGAUGUGCUGCCCAAACUCUUCUGCAGAAACAAAAAGAAACGGGGCGGCAGUGGUUGGCCAAGGAAACUCAGUGGAGCAGAUGAAAAGACACAUCAUGCUGACAUCAACCAAACCGUGACAGAAACCAGUGGGACCCCUGGUACACCCAUUAACAGAUGUUUGUGGAAGUGCAUCAUGGCAUGAACAAGAAGGAUUUCUGAGGAUCUCAGAAAAAGUGUUGUUGAUGCUCAUCAGACUGGGGGGUGGGGACCCCGAGUGGUCACACCAAAUAUUGAUUAGGUUUUUGAUUAAGUUUACACAGUUUGUAUGACGUUCAUUGAUAAAUACCAACAAUUAUAAUCCGUACUUUUUUUUGAAAGCAUCCUCACUUUACUGCAUUUUGUCACAAAACUUUUGUACAGUACUAGAACAUUUUAUCCGUCUAUAGUUACAUUUUAUGCUGUGGAUGUUGUGUGAAACAAUUUACUUCCUCGUAUCACUUACGUUACAGCAGUUUAAAAAAAAACAAAA